AUGGAACCAAGAUCAAGAGACACUACUCCAACAAAAGAGGAUUUGGAUUUUAUUGUUGAUGAUGGUUAUAAUCAUGAUGAGGAUCCAGAUUACGUCCCAAAUUAUGAGUAUCUUGUUAGUGGAAAAAAGUUUAAAAAACUAGUAAGAAAUGCUAAAAAACUCGGUGCUGAGACGCUUGAUUAUUCUUCACGAAAAAAUAAUAAAUAUAUGGUUACUCUUUCAAGUGGAAAAAAAUUUCAUUUUGGAUCACCAAAAUACGAAGAUUAUUUUACUCACAAAGACAAAGAUAGAAGAGAUAAGUAUCUUGCCAGAGCUACAAAGAUUAAGAAUAAAAAAGGAGAAUUAACUCAUAAUAAUCCCGAAUCAGCUAAUUAUUGGUCAACGAAACUUCUUUGGAAUUAAAAAUAGUUUUAAGAAAAUAUAAAAUUAUUUAAAAAUGCACAUCAAAAAAAUUUUAAUUAGUGGAAAGAAAUUUUAUAUACAUCCUUUUUUUAAUAAUUAUGCCUCUUCCAAAGACGGAGAAAUUAUUAAUGUUAAAACAAGAAGGUUAUUAAAAAAAAUUUAUCCACUCAGGGCUACCACCAGUUGAAGAUUAGUGAUAAAAGUCUAACCAAACCAAAGAAUUACUAUAUUCACAGGUUUGUAUGGGAAUGCCAAAAGGGUAUAAUAACAGAAGGUUUAGUUAUUGAUCAUAUUGAUUCUGUUAGAACAAAUAAUGAUAUAAAAAAUUUGCAAUUAUUAACUUUAGCUGAAAAUAUUAGAAAAGGAAAUAACAAACCUAUUAUAUCAAUUAAUAUCAAAAACAAAAAAAAUAUGAAAGUAUUACUUCUGCUUCUCAAGAAUUAGAUAUUUCCUUUUCGAUUAUUUCUAAUAUUUGUAGAAAAGUGAAGCACCACAAAACAGUUAUUUCCAAAAAAGACGGGGAUAGAUACAGAUUUGAAUUUCAAAAACUAUUUAAAGAUUAAAUUUUUAAAAUCAAAAUGCAGUUGUCCAGCUACGAAAAUCUUACCCAAGACAAUAUUAUCUUUAAAGAAGCCAAAGAAUUCAAAGUCAAAGAUAGCAAAAUCAAAUACAAGCGUAUCCCAAUUGAAAUCAAAUACCCGAAUGGAAAGAAAGGACCACUUGUAAUCGAAACACCAUUUCUUUUUAGUUUUGGUGUUAGUGAAAAGAAAAAUCAAGAAACAAAUAAGUUAGUUGGUUAUAGUAUCCCAGUAUGUCUUUGGGCUAAAGAUAGCGAACCAAAUAACAAAGAAAAAGCAUUUUUGGAAGUUAUUAAUAACGUAACAAAUUUGUCUCAACAAUAUUUAGAGAAUGAAUACGGACCAGAUUUAGCUUCGACUCUUAAUGUACCUUUAUAUUACAAACAGGAAGAAUACACUGAUAAAAAAGGAAAGAAGAAAACGAGAAAUGACCCCUCAUCUGCACCGGUUUUUUAUGCGAAACUUAUUUACUCAGAAAAAUCAAAGAAAAUUUUAUCUUUGUUUAAGGGAAAGGGGGGUAAGGAUUUAAAUCCUUUCAAAUAUAAUGAUCAGUAUUGUAAUGUUAAAUUGGCUCUGAUAAUUGAAGGAAUCUUUAUAAGUAAAACUGUGACAUCUUUACAAAUAAAAGUUCAUGAGUGCUAUGUUAAACCACUCAAACCAAGAGUCUUUACUAACAAUUGA